AUGGGCAGCGCCGCUGAUGAGACAAGACCCGGCGCUGUGUUGAGCUUCUUUGCGGCUGUAUGGAAGAUUCUGUGGGAGGUCUGGUUGGAGCCAUUUUUCCAGUUCCUCCAUCUGUACGAGCCCAAGGACCGGACGUAUGGUCGCAGCGAUGUGCCUUUCAGCAAGAUGGAACAGCGCCUGCACGAAAAUCCUGACGUGACAGUGACUUUCCACAAGACGAUGAUGCCGAAUGGUAAAGACUUUGUUUGGUACCAGGUGUGGGAGGACAAGCUCGCCAUGCGCUCGACAGGUCGUUUAGCGGACAUGGUGUUUUGUCACGGUACUGGUGUGCAUUCGGGCACGCUCGCCAGCCACUCGCGCCGUUACCUUGACGCUGGCUAUCGUCUCAUUGUACCGGACUUGCCUUCGCACGGCUAUUCGACUGGUCGCCACGUGUACCAACCCACGAUGAAGGGAUACACGGACGGUGUGUACCAGGUGAUUCAUGAUGUGGCUCGCCGUGACGACGAGGCACUGGGCAAAAAGACUCCCAAGCAAAAUCGCCGCAGGACAUUCCUACUCGGUUUGUCUUUCGGCGGUUUGGUUGCUUUGCUCUACCCCAUUUACUACCCAGGUUCGACGCGCACGGAUACAACGCACCCUGACGAGAUUCCCAUUGACGGUGUGAUUGGUGUGGGUCCGAUUAUUCAUUUCAACCCGAAGGAUGUGCAGGUGAGCCCCAUUAUCCGUCUCAUCAUGGUGGUCAUCAAGGCCAUGUACGGUCUCCGUCUUGAGUUGUACGUGCCUCACAAAAAGGCUGUGGACAAGGAUCCAAAAGUGUACAAGCAGCUUAUUGAUCAGGACAUGCGCAGUCACCGUGGUGCCUUCCGCGUGGGCCACUUGUACUGUGUGCGCAACGGCAUUGCCGACGUGCAGGAGAUGGCCGAUAAGUUUACGGUGCCUGUGUACAUUCAGCACGGUCUGCAGGACCGUGUGGUAUCGGCACUGUCGUCCUUGCAGUGGCUGCAAAAGACCAUGUCGGACGAUAUCAAGAUGACUGUGUACCCUGUAUGUCAGCAUGUCAUUUACCGUAAGGCCAAGUCAGAGGAGGAGGAUUUGGCAGGUCGCGUAUCUGUUCUGGAAGACAAUGUUGCAUGGAUGAAUGCUCGCUGCCCUGGUACAGGACACAUUGACCGUGGUGUGUCAUUCUCCAUGGACUACUCGGACACGCCUAAGGAAAACAAUGCGCGUACCAAUACAUACUCUCUGGCGUCCUCUGGAAUGAUGACGCCCAGUGAGGCUGCUCUAAGCUCUAUGGGUCAAAACGACCUUGUCCAAGACACCAUUCAAUCGCUGACUGACAAGCUCGGCUCGAUUGAGCACGGUGCCCCAGGCAAGGGCGAGUCGCAGAACAGGGCAUCACAAGUGACCAAUCGCUUCAGCAAGAAUGCUCCCAAGCUGCCAGUCACCCCAGUUACGGGUGCGGACAAUGAGAUCGAGCACCGUGUCUACCGCGAAAACUGGACACUGUCCGAGGAGUUGCGCCCGUACGACAUUCUUUUCGACUAG